GUGUGCCCCCUUACAAUAGGUGUCGCCAUCAGAGUGGAACUUGAUCAGGUGUCCCCAUCAGUGUGCCCCUUUACAUCAGUUGUCCUCAUCAGAGUGCCCCUUUACAUCCGUUGUCCCCAUCAGAGUGCCCCUUUACAUCCGUUGUCCCCAUCAGAGUGCCCCUUUACAUCCGUUGUCCCCAUCAGAGUGCCCCUUUACAUCCGUUGUCCCCAUCAGAGUGCCCCUUUACAUCCGUUGUCCCCAUCAGAGUGCCCCUUUACAUCCGUUGUCCCCAUCAGAGUUCCCCUUUACAUCCGUUGUCCCCAUCAGAGUGCCCCUUUACAUCCGUUGUCCCCAUCAGAGUGCCCCUUUACUUUCCGUUGUCCCCAUCAGAGUGCCCCUUUACAUCCGUUGUCCCCAUCAGAGUGCCCCUUUACA